AUGGAGUGUGAAAAUGUAACAUCGUUGCUUGAAAACUUUGAAAUUAUGGGAUUCCUGUACCCCAGAGACCUGAAGUUCCCAUUGCUCCUCUUCUUCUUCCUCAUGUACUUACUGUCCCUUUUUGGAAAUAGUCUGAUUCUCACAGUGGUAGCUCUCGAUCCCAAUUUGCACAAGCCAAUGUACUGGUUCCUCUGCCACCUGGCCAUCAUAGACGUGAUGUUCUCCUCAGUGGUGGUGCCCAAGUUGAUUUCUUGGCUGGCAGAGGGAAAUGGGGUCAUCUCCUUUGCAGGCUGUGUGUCUCAGCUCUUCUUCUUCCACUUUCUGGGUUGCACAGAAUGUUUCUUAUAUACCGUGCUGGCCUUGGACCGCUUUCUGGCCAUCUGCAAACCACUCCGCUACAGCACCAUCAUGAACAACCGAGUUUGCUUCUGUCUUUCAUUUGGAAUCUGGUUUGGAGGCUCACUACAUUCUGCAAUGGAGACUGCCCUCACUUUCCACUUGCCAUUUGGCCGGAGGAACCAAGUGACCUACACAUUCUGUGACAUUCCCGCUGUACAGAAACUGGCCUGUGCGGAUACAUCCAUCAAUGAGAUGGUGACCUUGAUUGACAUUGGGUUGGUCGCCAUGGCCUGCUUCCUCUUGAUCUUGACAUCCUAUGUCUAUAUCAUAUCUGCCAUCCUGAGGAUUCCCACUGCUCAAGGGAAACGCCGGGCCUUCUCCACUUGCUCAGCCCAUAUCACUUUGGUGGUGAUCUACUAUGCACCUACGAUUUACACUUAUCUGCGUCCAGCAUCUCAGGACUCCUUUGAUGGUGUGUUGUCCAUGUUCUAUGCUUCAGGGACCCCCUUCAUAAACCCUCUUAUACUCACACUGAGGAAUAAGGAAAUGAAAGUUGGUGUGAGGAAAUUAUGCAGCAGAAAAACACAGUGCUCCCUUAAUUAA